AUGGCAAAAAGGUAUCCAGAUGAUCCAUGUGAUUUGAAACAAUAUUCACGUUUAUUGGAUAUCAAAAACGAACAGAUUACUUUAUUGUCACCAAUCGAAGGUUAUCAAAAUAAACCUUUACUUCCAUUAGAAAUUGCAUGUGAACCCAUUGAAUAUUUGGUACCAGAUAUUCAACGACACGUUCAUCUUGCUAAAAAUAAUUCUAGUCAACAAGUCUCAUCUGAUGGUCUUACGCAUGAUGAACAAGCGUCUAUCUGUCUAUAUACAAUGGAAUGGGAGCCACAUGAGCAAAGACUUUAUUUUGUUCUCAAUCGUACACUAUGGUCAGAAGACAGACAACAAUUAAAACCUUGGUUUGACUAUUUAAAACUCUUUUUAACAGCACUAUUCAAAUUGCCAUCAAUUGUAACUACGGUAUGGCGAGGCAUUAAAUUAGAUUUAAGUAGUGAUUAUUUAGAAGAACAAAUUUAUACAUGGUAUGGUUUUAGUUCCUGUACAAAUUCUCUGGCAAUAUUAGAAAGUGAUCAAUUCCUUGGUAAAACGGGUACAAGAACAUUGUUUAACAUUGAAUGUGAUAACGGAAAAGUUAUUCGUCAAUUUUCUAAUUAUAAUGCAGAACAUGAAAUUUUAUUAUUGCCAGCUAUACAAUUUCAAGUUAAAAGUAACAGUAAUCUAGGAAAUGGAUUGAAUAUUAUCCAUUUGAAAGAAAUCAAGCCAAUAUAUCCGUUGUUAGAAUCACCAUUUGAAAAAGGUUCAACAGCUAAGAUCCAACAAUCUAACGAAGAUAUAUCCAUUGAAGUGGAAGAGCUGAAUGAAAUAAUGAAUCAAUUAUUAGACGAAAUAAAAAUAAAUCAACCAUCACAACAACAACAACAACAACAUUAUCCAUCUCAUCAUAAUAAAGAAUUAGAAGAUGAGAUAAAUAAGCAAAAAACUGAAACAUGGUUAAAUUUAGACAAGAGACAAAUAACAGAUCAAGAUAUGAUUUUAUUAUCGAAUGAAUUGAAAAUAAAUACUAAAUGGACAACAAUGUAUUUACGUUGGAAUCAAAUAACAUCUGUUGGUAUACAAUAUUUAUGCGAAGGUUUAGAAAAAAAUGAAACAAUUACUACGAUCACUUUUUCUACAAAUCAACUCGGAGAUAUGGGUAUAAAAAUUUUAAGUCAAUUCUUAAAAACAAACAAAAUACUAUCCCGAAUCUAUUUAAACAAUAAUCAAAUAACAGAUGAAGGUGUCAGUUAUAUAGCUGAAAUGUUAACUGAAAAUAAAACAUUAACAGAACUUAUUUUAGAUGAAAAUUUUAUCGGAGACAUAGGAAUGAAUACAAUAUCAUUAGCAUUAAUACAAAAUUCAAGUUUAAGUGUUUUUUAUAUUCAAGAAAAUAAAAUAACAGACAAAAGUAUUGAUAUAAUCAAAACAUUGUGCAAUAUUAAUGAUACAUUAUGGUACUUAUAUUUGUCAGAUAAUCAAAUAUCUGACAACGGUCAAAAACAACUUCAACAAGGUAUUACAGAAAAUAAAUGUAAUUUCAUUAGAACUCCAUAUCCUCUCUGA